AUGUCAUUUUUUCGUACUCUUUCUGAAUCAAAUACAACUGGAGACCACAUGGACAUGCUCCAGACGUUUCCUGACCAGUCAGAAGACGAGUGGUUCAGAAAAGGAUCGCUCGUUAUUGCUCAAGGGGCAAGCUGCCAAGCGUCGGAACAGGUAAAGACGACGAUAACGGUGCACAUUGAGCAAUCUUUUCAACUAGCAGUGCAAACGGUCGAGGAAGAGACUGCAGCGAGGAUUCACGUGGACGUAGCAUUCCAGCGAAAUAAAGCAUGUGGGACAUCAUUUGAUCCAUAUCACCUUAAACAGUUAUGCCAGUCGUCAAAAGCAGAAAAACAGUUCAGAUUGUAA